CAGGAAAUUAGUCACAAAUGUUUCUUGGAAAACAUAUUUUUUGUUUGCUUGCAUUUGUAAUGAGGUAAAUGGACUAAGCACAGGAAUGCUAAAACGCCCACUGAUGGGAGAUGCUUUUGGGGCCCACAGCUCGUGCAGGAAACCCAGAGAAUGCCACCAAGAGAGAUUUGCCCCGACAUCAGCAUCUCUGGUUUGAUUAUCCCGACUCGGAUGAGAAGAAGAUCCUUGCCGUUUACAAGCUCAUUGGAGAGCAGCCUGAGUAUAUUCCCCCAAGUUCAUUCCCACACCAGCUGCGUUAUAUCCUAGUGGGAUCCAUUAUACUCAUCCUGCUGUUCUUCCUCUAUCAGAUCAUAUCUAAAGUGUACGUGUCAUUUUGGCCGGUGUAUGUUAUACUGCAAGUAUUCUCCCUGCCUCCUUAUUGCCUUUGGGUGUCAUUAUUUACUCCCACCUCCACGGAUGGAAUGACACUCCCCUCCUCCUUCUUCUUCCACAAUUUCAUUCAGGAUCUUCAAGAAGUCAAAUGCAGGAUAAACAUCCAGGUGAUCAGCAGACACGGCUCUAGCCAGCCAGCCAGCCAGCCAGCCAUCCACCCCUGUGUCUUUUCCUCUGUUCAAUAA